AUUUAAGAACGCGUUCUUUGAUCUGUUGUGUAAAAUUAAAUCAAGAAUGGCCGGGAAGAUGGCAGCGGCAGAGUUAAAACAUGAUAAUGUUUCGUCUUAUGAAACUGUGAAGAGAAAUGUAUCGACAGUGACAUUACACAGGGAAUUAGAAUAUUAUCGAUUCAGAUUAUUGGACUUACUUUACUAUUUGACUUCUGUUAGUUUUUUUUUCAUGGACAUAGCAACAGGUGAAUGAAGAACGAAAGUGCACUUACUUGCCUUUGUUUUAAUGAAAAAUGAUGAAGUUUAUAAAAGAAUAUGUGUUAAUAAGUAUAAAGAAUGAUCAAUAAAUCAAUGUACAUUCAGUAUAUUCUAUGUACGACAUGGAAUAUAGUAUUGUAUUUGUGGAAUACUUCUUGCAAGGCCAGUUUAUUUGGGGAUGCUUUGCUUUGAGUUUUACAAUACUACCCGCAGGUGUUAUUCAAAUGUUUAGUUUGAGAUGGUAUCACAGUGAUGGUUCUAUUAAAAGUAUACACUGGGCAUUACAUUUUUUGUUUUUAGGAGUAUUACACAGGUAUUUAAUUUUACUUUAUGCUACGAUAUAUUCGUUAAGGAGCAAACGAUUUGUGAAGGAUAAAAAUUGGGUAUAUAGACAAGAAAGUGACAUAUGCAUGCUACACUUAUUUGAGUCUUUUAUGGGGGCUGCACCACAAUUAAUAUUGCAACUAUAUGUCAUGGCAGUAUUACAUCGUAUGCCACUAUGCACAAGUCUGUCUGCCACGGUAUCCCUUUGCUCUCUGAGCUGGGCUAUAGGUACAUACACGAAAGCAAUGCACAAGAUAAACCCUGGUCAUAACGAGACCACAUGGGUUGUAUUAACUCUUCAAGGUCUUUGGCGUGCUGGAAUGCUAAUAUCUAGGAUAGCAGUGUUGGUUUUAACGGCCCUCUGUCUAAGAGAAUGGUCUCUGCUGUUUCUUGGUAAGAAUACCACUGUAGUACCGUUAAGUAGAUGUAUACAGUCACACAAUGUCUAUCAUUCUUUCAAUGUUACAGGUUUACAUUGGCUGUCCAUGACCAUUUGGGUGAUUCUCCAAAACACAGAGUUUUGCCCGACCGUGUGGGAAGAACGUAUUUAUAAUUGUAUCAUAGGAUUUAUUUAUUGUUUCGACUUUUUCAAUUUGCGUGUAGGCAAAUCUCGGUACAGAGUACUUGUCUUUUAUUCCAUCAUCGUGACAGAGAACAUAACGUUCUUAAUCGUGUACGUAUUGUGCUUUAAAGAUUCGAUAAAAAUUGAAGAGAUAGCGGUAAUAACGAGUUUGAUAAUAGGAGGGAUGAUGAUCGGCUUGUCGAGUAUGUUAGUUUAUUACGGAAUAUUUCACCCGUCGAAAUUUGGAGACGCAUCUGAGUACAACGACGAGAAGAAGUCCGAGAUCGUAACCAACAAAGCCGUCACUCCUAGAUCUUUCAAGCAGUCUUAUCCUAACUCGUUCGCAUCGCCGUCUCGCUCGAUCGAUCACUCUCAAGUGGUGACUUCGGAAGAAUCCACAACGGACAAGCAAUUUUUAUUAACGAACAUCGUGCAGAACUCCGAAUGCGCGGAGAAUGGCGUCACGAACCAAAGCUGCACAUCCGAGAACGAAUCGCAGACUGCCGUUCGCGUUGUGUCCGAGUGCGAGUCGGCGCACAACAAAUUUUUAAAGGACGAGAACGCUUCAUCGAAGAAUGCCUUCCCCGCGCCGGACGCUCGCGAAUAUUUGGAAAUCCAAGAAGACUGCAACGACGAGAAAGACAUUCAUCGUCAAAAACGCAGAGGAAUUUGUCUACCAACGACGCACGGUUUAGACAUAGAUAAAGAGGUUCCUAAAGACUCAGACUCCUGUCAGAAGAGACGCGCAAUUUGUUUCUCCACUCAACUCAUCCUCGAGAUGGAGGACAACUCCGAGGAGAAGACAGACAGACAAACCGAUGCCAACGACGAAUUAAAAGAACGUUCUCUCGCCGACAUCUGCGACGAUCUGACCAGUAUUACCGUAUUGAGAGAUAGACUGAAAACUCCUACAAUGUUCAACAACUGUGAGAAAAUUUCUGAGACCGAGAAACUGACGAAGGAGCUGCAGCAAAGAGACGAGACGAUGAGCUGCGUGACUUCUAUACACGAUUAUGAGAACGUUUGUCCCCUAGGCGUAGCCAGGCCUCCCUGGUGCAUUCGCAGCUGGAAAGGGUACACGGACAUAGAAACUUAUAUUCAUGACGAUAGCGUAGUCAGAGACCGACGGAGAGACACCCUGACGAGCACCACAACUGGUACCACUUACAGCUCCGAGUUCUCUGACACUACCUGUGCCAGUUCGCUGCUGAGAGGAAUUCUGAAGCAGGACGACUAUCUGGACACGCUCACGUAUGACCUGAUAGAUCCUCGAGAGCCAAAAUAUAGUGAGGACAUUUCUGCCAAACGGGACCUGGAGGAACAGAAUUCCAUGCUUUAUAUCGCAAAGCCAGUGGUGAUAGACGAGAAGGGUGGAAUGUUCGCAUUGGAUACUAUUUUGGAGGAGCACGAUGAGAUUUCCAACGACGAGAAAUUCGAGUACGAACGACCUGGCUGUGACUCGGUGAGCACUCUGGUGAACACCAUAGAUCAAAUCAGGAAGUAUACAGCUGAGAACUCCCCGAGACACGUGUACCACACCACGGGUACACAGUGGGAGGAUUUGGACCCGAAGAGUUUGAUCAAGAAGGCACAGCUGACCAGGGCGUUGUUUAAGAAUGAUCUGAAGGACCCUGCUGCUUGUAAUUACAUCAACCGGUUGGACGAGUCGGAGGCCAUAGUCCGAGGGAAGUGUGAAAUAGAUACGAUUAAGGAUCUAGUGAGAUACUGUACGAUAGAGUCAAUUAGGAAGACGCCGUUGAUAGACGCGAUACUGUCCGACUCGCCGAUUCUGGGGAACAAAGCGAAACUGCAGAAGCAAGUUUCUAUUGCGUAUAGGAAAGAGGACGACUCGAAGGAAAAUGAUCUGUACGUCGAGAUGAAUCCUUUGGUACCUGUUGAAAACGUUAAGGUUGUAUAUAAUAAUUUAUCUGAGCCUGUAUCCUGUAAUGUUGCCAAGCCCGAUGUUAAAUCUGACGUGCCAAUUUCCACGCAGACGAAGAACGACUCGGAGAAGCUAGAAAGUGACAAGCGUAGAAAAGCGAUCAAUUUUCCUAAACGAAAGUUCUCUCUGUUGAAGGAGAAGUUUGAGUCCAAGUCGCAGCUGGUUUACGUUGUCACGCCGAACAACGGUAUUAAAAUUGAACCAUCACCCGACUCGGAGAAGAAGGUUUCCGUGAUCUUGAAGAAGACCGAUUGUACGAGGCACGAUAAAGAAAAUUUAGCUCCUGUCGCCAGGGUCAGCCACGCUAAACACGCUUCCGACGGAUCGGUGAACGGGGGAAGUUCUGAAUUGAUCUACGAGAACGACGAGUCUUUGUGCAAUACUGACUUAAAUUUAAAAGAGAGGAGGCAUAUAUUUCUGGAGCAGGUUCUGUCGCCACCGAAACUUCUGACAUGGAACAAAAGGAAGUCCCUUGGCGGGUCCACCGUGAAGAAGUUCUGAGGAUUAGAAUAUAUGUUUCAUAGGGUAAAACUUUUAUACAAAAGUGAUAUGUAGUUUUACUUUAUAAAGUUUAUAUUUUUUUACUCGGUUUCACUAGCUUUCGAAAUGAUGUACAUUUAGUUUCAGAAUGCGAUGAAAAAUUUUAACGUGUAUAAAUUGAUUUUAUACGAAGGCAGUUUAAUUGGAAGUACAGGAUGUCUGACGACUAGUGUAGGUCCAAUGGGUAGCUGACGUGAUUCUGAAUAAGUUUUCCCUUUGCAGAAAUGGGGUGCAAAGCUUCGUUUUUGAAUAAUUAAGGAAAAACUUCAGAGCGCGAGGAUUAAGCAUGCGCAGACGCGGGAGCGUCAGCCUACUGGCUGCGCGCGCAUAAUCCUCGCGCUCUGAUUGGUCCAUGUCUUCCGUCUUAAUAAUUCAAAAACGAAGCUUUAAAUCUCAUUUUUGCAAAGGGAAAUUUUAUUCAAAAUCACAUCAACUACGCUUCAUUAAACUUAUAUUAGUUGUGAACCCUGUAUAGUACUAUGUAGGAAACAAGGAAAGGAGAUAACGCUUUCUUUUAUUAAGUUUUAUUACGUAUGUAAAUCAAUUGCAUCUCAUUGCCAAGUAUGAUAUUACGCUAUAUUAUAUAAUAUUGUAAAUCUGCAAUAAUUAUACAUACGAAAAAUUAUUUUUAUAUACAGCAAUGUUAUAUAUAAUAAAAGACUUUUUACAUAAUAUUGUUUUCUGAAAUGGCACCGGAGAACAUUGCACGUCUUCGUUACAUAUAGGGAAAUUGCAACGGGGUAAAUAAAUCUGUAUUUAAAAGUACGGCAAUAAAAAAAAUAGUGCUAUUUUUAAUAGUAAAGUGACAUUUAACAUAUAUUUGUUUAAAACUUUUUGAGACUCUGCUACGCUAUAAAAUGUAUAGUUCAUUAUCGUUUACAUGAUUCUUAGUUACAUCUUCAACUAAAUUUCUUAUUAAAAGUGAUUGUAUCAUGCAACGUGUUAACGAUGCAGGGCGAAAAUUAUCGCUACGUAUAAUAAUUUAGUUAGGAAGGUUAAAAAAACGAGAAUGAAUGAAAUUAAAAAACUAAUCAGUCUUUUGCGUUGAACUUUUUUCCAACCGCAUGAUAUGUACUGUAAUCGGCAG